AGGAUUAUUUGCCAAUUUAUAAUUCAGCCCAACAAACAUUACUGCUGCUUUUAAACGUCUGAGAACAUUUAUUUAUCCCAAUUAGUCCUUGGCCAAACGUCAAUGACCUACAAAAAAUUUCGGUAAAGUCAUGAGUUCCAUUCGGGUCAUUCCUUUGGGCGCUGGGCAAGAUGUUGGUAGAAGUUGCAUUCUUGUCACUUUGGGCGGCAAAAAUAUUAUGUUCGAUUGCGGAAUGCACAUGGGCUAUAACGACGAUAGAAAAUUUCCUGACUUCACUUACAUUACCGACAAAGGGGGUCUCAAUGAUUACCUGGAUUGUGUGAUUAUUAGUCAUUUCCAUCUCGAUCACUGUGGAGCUCUUCCCUAUAUGACCGAAGUAAUAGGCUACGAUGGUCCAAUAUAUAUGACUCAUCCUACCAAGGCAAUUUGCCCAAUACUUUUGGAAGAUUAUCGUAAAAUCAAUGUUGAGAGAAGAGGAGAUCAGAACUUUUUCACUUCUGAUAUGAUAUAUCGGUGUAUGACGAAAGUUAGGUGUGUGUAUAUACAUCAAACAGUCAAAGUAGAUGAUGAUCUCGAAAUACAGGCAUUUUAUGCUGGUCACGUUCUGGGAGCAGCAAUGUUUCUUGUACGUGUAGGAACAAAUUCUGUCCUGUAUACCGGCGAUUACAACAUGACACCUGAUAGACAUCUUGGUGCAGCUUGGGUUUCUCGUUGCCGUCCAGAUCUUCUCAUUACGGAAAGCACUUACGCAACCACGAUACGAGAUUCAAAACGUACAAGAGAACGGGAAUUUUUGGAAAAGAUUCAUGCUCGCGUUGAGGCUGGGGGUAAAGUAUUAAUCCCUGUCUUUGCCUUAGGUCGAGCUCAAGAACUUUGUAUAUUGCUUGAAACAUAUUGGGAAAGAAUGAAUAUUUCCGUCCCAAUAUACUUCUCCAUGGGAAUGGCGGAAAAAGCUAAUGAGUAUUACAAGUUAUUUAUCUCGUGGACAAAUCAAAAAAUCAAGGAGACAUUUGUAAAACGAAAUAUGUUUGACUUUAAACAUAUAAAGCCUCUUGGGCAAGGAACAGUCGAUAAUCCAGGACCAAUGGUAGUCUUUGCCACACCAGGUAUGCUUCACGCUGGACAAUCCUUGCAUAUAUUUCGUAAAUGGGCUUCAGAUGAAAGAAAUAUGGUUGUAAUUCCAGGAUAUUGUGUUGCUGGAACUGUGGGUUAUAAGAUUUUAAAUGGAGUCAGGCGUCUUGAAUUCGAUAAACAAGUUUUAGAAGUUAAAAUGUCAGUUGAAUACUUGUCGUUCUCAGCUCAUGCAGAUGCUCGUGGUAUUAUGCAGUUGAUAUCUCAUUGUCAGCCUAAACAUGUGAUGCUGGUACAUGGAGAAGCAAUUAAGAUGGAUUUCUUAAAAUCAAAAAUUGAACAAGAGUUUGGAUUACCCUGUUCGAAACCUGCUAAUGGAGAGAUUGUAUAUGUAGAAACGGAACAACAAUUCAUUGUAGAAGCUUCAAGAGAAUUUCUUAAUCAGUCAUAUUAUUCGGAUGAUCCAAAUGAGCCACUGAUUAAACGUCCUCGAUCUAUUCAGGGCGGAAUUCAAAUUGAGCCUGAUGAAACCCCUAAACUACUUGAUCGUGCCUCAGUUUUGGCUUCUUUAAGUUUGAAAGAGCAUGUAAUGCGAUUUACCUCGACGUAUGCAUUUUCUUCCUCUUCGAAUCUCACCACGAUUUUAGAUAAAUUUAUCAAACUAUGUUCAAAAUUACCCAUCGAUCCACCAAAAUUAGUACGUAACCAAAUUCUAUUCAACGAUUCAGUGGUUGUAUCAGUUUGUGAUCCUAUGUUGGAUGAAUUCGAUGAGGAAACUCGUGAAAGAUCAACAGCUCUACGUCGUACAGCUAACCUGCAAUCAAAGGAAUUCGUAUGUCAUGUAACCUAUAAUUUACAGAAUGAAAGUUUAGGAGAGCAACUUAUCAAAAUGUUUAAAAAACAAAUUGUUAAUGUUUAAGAAGAUAUUUAAGAAUAUUGUACAAAGUACUUCAUUAUUAUUGAAUAAUGAUUCUAAUGAAUUACAUCUUUAUCCAAUUAAAAAUAUAUAAACUCUAAAAAGAAACUAUGUUAAUUGUUUUAUAAAAUUUCAAAUAUACAUAAAAUUUAGUCAAUAUUAAAUUAAAUCUUUUAAGAAUAUUGUGAUGUAUGCUACUUACACUGACAGAUAUAAGUAGUAGAUAGCAUUAAUCGGAAGUAGAAUUGUACUGAACAGAACACGGGUGGGUACAAUCGAAUGUAUUUAGCACAUAAUUACAGAGUUACUUAGCGAAAUAGAAAAACGAUAUAGCAAAUCAUUAAUUUGCAAAAUAUCAAUCCAUCAUAUCAACCUGAACUGUUCCUGUUGCAAACAUCAAUCGAUUGUCUCAGAUUUCAUUGUUCAUGCGUUUUUUUACAAAUUGCAUUGUGUUUCCGCUCUUCCUUUCUUGAUCUUCCCCCAUCUUCUGCUGCCCGACAUUACGUUUUUGACUCGCGUCAUAUAUUACUUAUAUCAACAUAAGUAGCACACACUACUGAAUACCUGACAAUGAAAGAUUGAAAUGAAAAGAACAGAGAGAAAAAAUUGUAACAAUAACAGAAUUUGAAAGAAUCAUGAAGCAUAUGUAAAAGACAAUUGAAGAAAGUUGCGCAAAUAAUUUAUGAUUUUCAUAUUUUACCAAGGCAUUCUAAAACUACGCUACGCGUACUCAUUAAAUUAAUUGUGAUCAUGUUGUAAUGUGAAGAAGAAGAAAAAAAGAGAAGAUGAAUUCAAUCCAUAGAAUAAAAAAAUAAAAAACUAAUACCAUUUCAACUAGUCAUCAUUAAUAGAAUGUCUUGCAUUGGUUCUAAUUGACAAUAACACAACAUUAGAAUAAUGAGAUGAAAUUAACAAAACAACUAAGAAAUGAAUUGAAAUAAUGUUUUAUUAAUUAGAAUAUGAAAAAUUGGUGAAGAAUAAAACAAGCAAUGCAUUUAUUUCACUGUGAAUCAUUUUUAACCAUAUCAUUAGAUGUCUCCAAUCAUUAAUGGUGAUUAUCUUUCUGACCCUAACCAAAUUGUCUACAUUUAAGUAUACAUCUCAGACAAAUAGUCAAUCACUUCAUGAACUGAUGUCAUCACUUUCAUGCAACCUACUCUUACAUUUCUAAUAAAUAUCCCAAUCAUCUUAAUCAAUGAAUAUUGACUAUCUCACUAACUAAUCUACUAUCUUAACCUAGUACCUCAUACUAUACCUCAAAACUGUUCACUUAGUGGCUGACAGUGGAGUCCAGGCUGCGCAUUUUGUCUUAUUUAAAACUUGGCAGCUGAAUGUAUCUGCAUUCCAGAGUUGAUAUUUACUCCAAAAUUCAAACCCAGUACCGUUUGUUUCAAACGCCAAUCGCGUUAUUCAUUUAGCUAUUGAUUCCUAAUAACCACUUGCUUGUACAAUGGGGUGAAGUUUAAAUUCACUUGGUGUUACAAGAUACAAGUAAAACAACACCAAGUGAAUAUUCACACUUAUUUGUUUCAUAAAACGUGAGUUUUUCUUCAAAUACACAUAUGAUCAAUAACUUACUGCCUACAUAUAUCUCCUACUAGUAAAUUCAUGUUUCACAACUUAAAGAAAAGAUAUAAAAUCAUUAAUUAUACCCUAAUUUUGAUAAAUUGAUAUUUCAUAUCAAAGAAAUUUUUGAUAAAUUAAAAAAUACAAUAAUAAUAAUAAUAAUAUUUCAGUAGUUUACAUAAAUAUUAAUUUUGUAAGUUGAAAAGUUCAAAGUUCAAUCAUCACAGUCAGCAUGAUACAUUGAAAGCCUUGAAUCACUACUGAUUUUUUAUCAUGUGCAUUCGUUUGAAUCGAUCGAAUGUUUUCAUGUUUUAAUUGAUGAUUGUUUUUUUUUGCUAAUUUAUCUACCAUCAAAAAUAUAUAAGUAGUCA